AUGGCGGAUAUGAUAAUUUCAUUAGCGCAUUUUUGCGACAAACAUGGCCCCAGGGUUUUAUUGGUUACUCAGAGUACCAAGGACAGUCAAGAUUUGCUACUUCCCGAUUACCCAACUGACUCCUAUUGUGAAUCGUGUUUAGCACAUUUCCCAUCGGGAUAUGGGUCUAGUCGAUCAAUGAGGACUGUUGUCAGAAACAGGAGCUACGUUUCAACUAAUUAUUCUGCGAUAAGUUACCAACUUGUCACAUCAAUUAUAAGGCACAUAUUCUCAGAAGAAACUAUGAGUUAUGAUGGACGACCACUUACCUUUUAUGAUCAAACGAGGGGAUUUAACGUUGUGGUUGGAUUUAAACUCUGGGAUGGGAACGCUAGAGGCAGUGAGAGACGUUACGGUUUUGUUUUCACAAUUAAUUCACGAGACUAUGCGGCUUCGAUGACGCUUCUUGCUCGACAUUGGCAUUUCCUGAUUCACGGGCUGGAACGAAUGGUGUCUUUCAUCAAGAAAAAGCGUGAAAUGGAGAUUAUACGCGAGGAAGCGGGUGACAGCUAUAGUGGGUUUGCUUCAAGUGUUGGAAAUUAUUUGCGAGGUAGUACUUUGAAGUCGCCUAAAAACUUGGCCCUUUUAACCAACGAUGAUUUGAUUUUUGUUCGAAUGCAUAAGUGGAACAUAUUUUUGCUUGAUCUUCUUUAUUCAGAUACGGCGGAUCAGCCCGAGAAGGGCUAG